CUUAAAAUCAUUCUAUCGUCAUGAACGAGUUUAUCGUAUCACAUUAUGGCUAUGUAAAAACGUCAACCAUCAGGCCACUCAGCACGGAUAGCAAUGUCCUACACUUCACGCUGUAUAAUCCAUCAAUCGGUUACCCAUGUUGGAAUAUGGACACAGAAUGGAUUCUUAUACUUGUCUGGGGCAAAGCGGAAAUGGUGCAGACGUUUUCGGACUAUGUUGGUUAUAUGCAAGAUGCACGAAUCACUAUCAAUGCGUUUAUGGUGAACCUGCUACCACAACCAGCGGAAAUCCCAGAAAAUAUCAGGAACCGAGCUGUGGCAAGAUCAGGAGCUACUGUUGCGAUCCCUGAAUUUGAAAACGUAGACACUUUUGUCGAAAUCUUCCCGGAAUCAAAUGGUGGGGAAGUCAUUGAAACUCGGAGGGAGGUGCCUGAGAAUCGACGAGUAUCGGAAUUCAGAAAUAAUAUGACUGAAGGUCUCCCAGAUGGUAUCCCAGAAGGUAUCCCCCAAGCUUCUGUGAACGAAGACGAGGCGACUGAAGAAGCAAAUCAAGCGGCGUUCGCAACACCAAUUUUUACUAGUGAUGAAGAAGAUUCGGAUACCGGGAUUGAAGCACAUAGUGUUUCUCCGACUUUGAGUGCUGGCCUAAGAAGCCUUUGUGGAAGAGAAAGCCACCACAGCCGCGAAAGUAUUGUAUCGCAGCAGUUCAACCAAGAAGCUGGUAGUACAACAACAGCAGUAGUGCAACAGGAAACGCAAGAGAGUCGUAUUGGCGAAUUUGUAUUUCAGUUGGAAAUUACGCGUCCGAAUAGGCCUCCAGCCGUUCCGCAGUUUAUUCAGGUAAACGGGAUGCGCCAAGCGCGAAAAAGAAAAGGAAAAGAGCCGACAGAGGAAAGAAGUAGAGAGAGCCAGGGAAGUGGAGACAACAGCCAACGCAAUUCGCUCAACAGCCUAGGUGAAUCGUCCAGACACCGCAAAAGAAACCGAACACUGGCAAGCGUCUGGAUGAUGCAAGAGCUUACCGAC